GUUGUUGUAGAUUAGUUACACCCAAAGAGCUAUUUUGAACUAAAAUUGCCACGGAGUAUCCCGAGUAAAGGGACAUGUCUCGUUAUAAAGGGAAAUGUUUACAAAAUAGUGAGGAAGGGAAAACAGAUCAUUUGACUGUAUCGUGACAAGGCAUGUGAUGUUCCAUGAAGGCACAUGCUUUAUAAAUGCGGAACAAUAAGAUAUCUCGCAGAUGAGCAGUAACCUAACAUAGCGAAGAUGAAAGCAUUUUGCUCUAUACUUGGACUUUUAGUUGUUGCAUGUGUUAUUAAAAGCCAAAAUACAAAACCACACAUUCUACUAGUGAUAGCAGACGAUUUUGGUUACAACGACAUCGGGUAUCAUGGAUCCGAGAUAAAAACACCCAACUUGGAUAAACUCGCGGGGGAAGGUAUCAAGUUGGAGAAUUAUUACGUACAGCCGAUAUGUACACCGUCACGGAGCCAACUGAUGUCUGGGCGCUAUCAGAUACAUACAGGCCUUCAACAUGGAGUCAUUAGACCACCACAACCCAAUGGAUUGCCUCUUGACAACCCAAUACUACCCCAAAAACUAAAAGAAGUUGGAUACUCAACUCAUGCUGUGGGAAAAUGGCAUCUUGGUUUCUAUAAAAAGGAGUAUCUGCCGACUAGCAGAGGCUUUGACUCUUACUUUGGGUAUUUAACAGGCGCUGAAGACUAUUUUACUCAUGAACGUUGUUUUGGGAUAAUGUGUGGAACAGAUCUCCACAAUAACACAGGCCCUGCUAACUACACUGGGGUAUACUCCGCGCAUUUGUUUGCUCGAAAAGCUGCUGACAUUGUCAAAAACCACAAUACAGAUCAGCCUCUCUUCCUGUACCUUCCAUUUCAAUCGGUGCAUGCGCCUCUGCAGGUACCCGAGAAAUACAUCCAACCCUAUAUGCAUAUAGAGGACAGACAAAGACGAACAUACGCAGGAAUGGUUUCUGCCAUGGACGAGGCCGUAGGAAACCUUACUGAUGUUUUCAAACAGAAGGGAAUGUGGAAGAACACGCUUAUGGUGUUUUCAACAGAUAAUGGAGGUCAAGUAUAUUUAGGCGGAAACAACUAUCCUCUGAGAGGCUGGAAAAAUUCUCUGUGGGAGGGAGGGAUACACGGAGUAGGAUUUGUUCAUGGUCAGAUGUUGAAAAGAAAAGGGGUGGUUUCACGGGAUUUAAUUCACAUCUCGGACUGGUUUCCAACACUUGUAUCAAUGGUCGGUGGUAAUUUGAAUGGAACAAAACCAUUAGAUGGAGUGAACCAGUGGAAAACUAUCAGUGAGGGUUCAUUACCCAGUCAGAGGAAAUCCAUUUUGCACAACAUAGACCCCAUGUACCCACCAGUGGGUCAGAAGGUACCCAACAGUCCUUUUGAUAACAGAAUUCGGGCGGCUGUCAGGAUGGGCGACUGGAAGUUGGUAACUGGUUCUCCAGGAAAUGGUAGUUGGGUACCUCCACCUCAUAUGAAAUCUCUGUCAUCGCCUAAAUUGAGCUAUUCGGCAGAAAAGAAUAUUUGGUUGUUCAACAUUACGGAUGAUCCGAAUGAACAUAACGAUGUAUCCGGAACUAUGCAACACAUAGUGAUUGAUAUGUUGGAGUUACUGGCUCAGUACAACAAGACGGCUGUGCCGUGCAGAUAUCCUGCGGUGGACCCAAAAGCUGACCCAAAAUACCACGGCGGAUACUGGGGACCAUGGGAAUAAAGUCAUGUUUUUAGCAAUGAAGAAAUAUGAACAUAUUACUGCUUUCUUUUUUUCUGGAAGAAAAUGUUCUUUACGCAUAAUAUAACUGUAAAAUUGAUGUCAAUAAAUCUACAGUGUUUUCCUGGCCCCCAUGCUAUAGUUUACACAUUUAUUGUACAUGUGCUAUAUUUUUGUAAUAGAUUUUCUUAUCUCUGAAUACAUGCAUUGCCAUUUUC